GAAAAGGAAUCACGUCUCUAUCCCAUUAGCGAUAUGUAUCGACCAAAUGCAAUUGUUAGUGAGUUACUUUACAGUAAGAAUGGCUACGAAAAAUGGAGUAUUCAGAUGAAAACAUACUUUAUUGGCGAAGAUCUCUGGGACAUCGUGGAAGCUGAUGAGCCUACGGUUCAUGCUGCAACAAAUGAUGAUGAUGGUGAUACUGAAUCUGAAAUUAAGGCUUGGAGGAAAAACAAUGCUGUUGCUCUUCACGCAAUCCAGAUUUCAUGCCAGGGACAUGCUUUUACUCUCAUUCAGAACAUCAACUCUGCCAAAAUUGCUUGGGACACUUUGGCAGCUAAUUUCGCUAAGAAGUUGGAUGAGGACUCCAAGAAUCCCAAGAGUAAGUUUGAUGAUUCUGAUGAUGAGUUCGACGAUGAUGAAUUUGAUGAUGAUGUCGACGAUGAUGAACUUAACUUGAAGAAGAACAAAUCAAAUUUUCCAGCAAAGAGUGAAGACUUUCACCAGUUUGAACCGCUUCUCAAAGCUGUGAAGAGUGGUGAUUGGAAGGCAGCGAAGAGCUUUCUUGCCGAACAUCCCGAGGCAGUGAGAGCAAGUAUCACUUGUUCCGACAAGAAUGCACUCCACGUCGCAGUGGCUGCUGGACAUUUUCAUAUUGUGGAGAAGUUGGUCCAAUUGAUGACUGAAGAAGACCUUCUUAUGCAACGGAAUGAUGGUUUCACUGCUCUUGCAAUUGCAAUCGAAAUCGGAAACACUUCCAUUGCGGAAUGCCUUUUUAAUAAGAACAAAAAGCUAUUGAGGGUUCAUGUAAUUGGACGCCUUCCAGUUGUAUAUGCUGUUCUGUGUGGCCAAACCCAUAUGGCUCCUUUACUCUAUUCAGUUACACCGCUUGAAGAUCUAAUGUUGGAAGAGAAUGCCAAGCAAGGCUCUGAACUGAUUUCUCUAUGUAUACAAAGGAAGCAUUUUGAUAUCGCCUUGAAUUUGCUGGAGCAUUGCCCACGUUUGGCAACUACUGCUUAUGCUCAAUGGAAAUCCCCAGUGGUGGCAUUAGCAAAGUCCGCAGUAUUAGCUAGUUUAGGCCAGUUGAACUUUUGGCAGCGUUGGAUAUAUAACUGUAUACAGGUGCCUGACUGUGCUAAGAAUCACGUUUCUCUUGAUGUCCAAAACAUAAACGACAGCCAAUGUGACAAGGACAUAACUGUGAUUACCUCUGCGGUCUUUCAGCGCUUUGGGCUGGGUGGUCCGCUGGCAAACAUGGUUUCAUUUCUGCUCAAACAUUUAGGUGUGAAGCAUAUAUAUGAAGUAAAACUGGACCAUGUUCAGGCCCUAGAACUCCUGACCCGCAUGAGUAAGGUGAUAGAAACUACGUGGGAUCUUAAGCUAAUUAGGGAUGCUGGUGUAGAUUUUGCUAUGACACAGGCUGUCUAUAAUGGGAAUGUUGAGUUUAUUAAAAGCAUGGCAAAAGCCAAUCCAGAACUUGUGUGGACUCCUUAUACAGCAAAAAAUAUUUUUUCACUUGCCAUUCAACUUCGUCAAACAGAAGUUUUUAGUCUUAUAUAUGGACUCCAUAAUAAAGAAGUAGUACUAGCCAAUUAUGUAAAGCCACUGCCCCAACUGCCAAAGCUGCCACCUAUGCAAAUGCCAAUGCUAAAGCCGCAAAUGAUGCCUCCGCCAAUGCCAUAUUCACAUCCUGCAGGUUCAAAUUAUAACUCUAGAUUAGAUGAUCUCAUCCCAGGCCCAGCAUUGCAACUGCAGAAAAAUCUACAAUGGGAUCAGGAGGUGGACACAAUUUUUCCGCAAUCAACUCGUGAGUCUUGUAUCAAUGGAAAUAUGUUGUCAAAUGGCUUCUUUAUAAAGAGAGACUACAAGAAUUUGGUGAUGGAUGGAGAAAAGUGGAUUAAAGAUAUAUCGCGUUCUUGUAUUGUUGUGGCUGCUCUCAUUGUUACCAUCAUGUUCAUUUCUGUCUUCAUACUAUGUGGAGGAAAUAACAAUCAAGACAAUGCAGGUGUCCCAGUACUCGUAAACAGAAAAUUCUCCAAAGUUUUUAUUAUAUCGGAUGCCCUAUCACUCUUUUCUUCAACAAUUGCAGUACUAGUGUUCUUGGGAAUUCUCACAUCGCGUUAUGCAAAAGAAGAUUUUCUUAUAUCCUUACCCACAAAGAUGAUAAUAGGCCUUUCCACUCUUUUGUUCUCUAUAGCAACCAUGAUGAUAGCCUUUUCUGCUGCUCUUUCGACUAUGCUUCAUCAAGAUUCAAGAAUGGGUACCACAGUCAUUUUCCUUUCAAGUAUUCCAGUUACCUUGUCACAUAUGUGGAUGCACUUUCCUCUUCUAGUUGAGCUUUUCAUGUCAACUUAUGGACCUAGUAUCUUUAACAGAAAUGCCAAGCCAUGGUUUUAACUAUUAGGACAUUUAUAUUUGAGUACUGGUUCAAGACUUGUCUAGUUGAAUUAAUCACUUCCUAGUGCUUUUAAAGUGACAGACAAUGGCUACUUCAGUUAAUCUUAAUAAGCUUUAAUUA